AGUUUAUUGAUAAUUUGAUACUCUUUGUUUUAAGUUGUUUUAAAGAAAAAAGAUAGUUUGUGAAGAAAGAAAAAAAUAUUAAAAAUUAUUUCAUCUGUAAAAUUAAUUAUUUAAAAAUUGAUAUUUUGAACAUUAUUUUUUAAAAUGUUAAAAUAUUUUAUAUUUGCAUUUUGCCUACCAGUAUUAUUAAAUGCGGAAUUAGUCAGAGUCAAAUUAGAACGUGCAGAAAAUGUUCGCAAUCAUUUCAGAAGAGUUGGUACAGAAUUACAACAAUUACGAUUAAAAUAUGUUGAAGGUCCUACACCAGAACCUCUAUCAAAUUAUAUGGAUGCUCAAUAUUUUGGAGUAAUUUCGAUUGGAACACCACCUCAAAGCUUUAAGGUUGUAUUUGAUACUGGUUCAUCAAAUUUAUGGGUCCCCUCAAAACAAUGUCAUAUUACAAAUAUAGCAUGUUUACUUCACAAUAAAUAUGAUGCAAAUAAAUCAAAAACCUUUGUUAAGAAUGGUACCGAAUUUGCUAUUCAUUAUGGUACUGGUAGCUUAUCUGGUUAUUUAUCCCAAGAUACAGUCAAUAUAGGAGGAAUAGACAUAAAAGAUCAAAUAUUUGCAGAAGCUAUCAGUGAACCAGGACUUGUAUUUGUUGCAGCUAGAUUUGAUGGAAUUCUCGGUUUAGCAUAUAAAUCAAUUGCAGUUGAUGGUGUACAACCACCAUUUUAUAAUAUGUAUAAUCAAGGAUCUGUACAAUCUCCAGUAUUUUCAUUUUAUUUGAAUCGUGACCCUUCAGCACCCGAAGGUGGAGAAAUCAUGUUCGGUGGAUCUGAUCCUGCUAAAUAUAAAGGCGAUUUUACUUAUGUACCAGUAACACGGAAAGCCUAUUGGCAAUUUAAAAUGGAUUCAGGUACAGUCGGUAAUACAGAAUUUUGUAAAAAUGGUUGUGAAGCAAUCGCUGAUACCGGAACUAGUUUAAUUGCUGGACCAGUUGGUGAAAUUUCUGAAGUUAAUAAAGCAAUAGGUGCAACACCAAUAAUGGGCGGUGAAUCAAUGGUUGAUUGCUCUUUAAUACCAAAAAUGCCAAAUGUUAAAUUUGUUAUUGGUGGAAAAUCUUUUGAAUUAGAACCCAAAGAUUAUGUUUUAAGAGUAUCUCAGUUUGGCAAAACUAUGUGUAUUUCUGGAUUUAUGGGACUAGAUAUUCCACCUCCAAACGGACCAUUAUGGAUUUUAGGUGAUGUUUUCAUUGGAAAAUAUUAUACAGAAUUUGAUGUUGGUAAUGACAGAAUAGGAUUUGCUGAGGCAGCUUAAUUUUCUUUGAAAAACAUACAAAAUUUUAAAUACCAAAAAUAUAUUUUACAUGCCUUAGAACAAAGAAGCAAAAGUUUAAAAAUUCAGUUUUGAACUAAUUUAGUAAUGUAAUUGAAUUCGAACAAAUAAAGAUAUUAAUCAUUGAA